AUGGACGACGACAACUUCGAUGACAGCUUUUCUGACGAUGGAAUCGAUGAACUACCCCUAGAUACCCUCCUAGCUCUCGAGCAGAAUGCCUACCAGGCUAACCAGCAGCAACGUCCAGACUCAAGAAACGACAGCGACAAUCCCCAGCCAAAACCGAGGAACCCCAACUUCGUUUCUCUGGCGCGCAAAUCCAGCUCUCUCUCUGCAAGCCGCAAUUCAAGCCGUGGGUCUUUCCUGCAAGACCCUUCGCGGCUCCUGCGCCAGCCAUUGAGCUUUGGAGAUGAGGAUUUCCAAGAUCUGGAUGCUGGCGUCCUUGACGACGGAUAUGACCCUGCGCCCGUCGAAUUGCAAAAUACCGUGUCUGAACUAGGCAGAUCACACGGCAGACUACAUGCGGAGACGCAACAGGUUGGAUUUAGGUCGUACCAACGCGCAAGAGACAUUGCCGUGGGGUUACUCCUCGUGGCAAAUGCCCACCGCGAGGUGUCGCAGGGUUCUGUGGUUAUGGGCGGGAUGGAGGAUAAUAAUAAUAAUAAUAAUAAUACAAAUGAUAUGCAAGGAGGGAAUGCCGAAGUGGGUCCGCGCCUAGAGGUGUUGGCGGAAAUUGAAGCGAUGAGGGAGCAGAUUGAACAGUUAUCUCGAGAUCGUGAAAGAAUCGUACAAGAAUUGGCUGCUGCAAAUUCAAUGAUUGAGGCUAAAGCAGGAGAGGCUGCAAUAAUUCGCGCCAACCAGGCGAAGGCAGCAGAGGCCCAUAGCCGCCAGCUGAGCGCAUUCCGAAAGCAGAUGGCGGAUGAACUGAAGAAGUACCAAGCUGAGAUCCAUUCUAUGACCGUACACACCAAGUUACUGGACACUAAAAAUGCGUUUUUGGAACAAGACCUGAAGAACGAGACACAAAAGCUGAAUGAGCUGCGGAGAGCCAAAGCCAAACUCGAAGAGAACCCUCCACUCACACCGAGAAAGCCCAAGGCGCUACCCCAUAGGGACGGAUUUGACGAUGAUGAAAUUAUACCAUCCCCUACCAAGUCUGGUGGUAGGGGAUCAAAACGAGGCACUCCUUCAGUGGCUGGUGGUCGAAAACGUAAAGCUAUCGAUGGUUCUCCCGUCAAAGCUCCGACCUUGGAAUUGAGCCAGACCUUUGACACCGUCACGGAAGGCCCUGACGAAAAGACAGAACCUAUGGCUAUUGACCCAGCACCACGAAAGACCGAAAUAGAAGACCGUAAUAUGCGAUUUAUGCGAAAAAUUCUCAACCAUAAGACCCAUCCGAACAAAAGUCGAGACUUGGAGGUUUUCACCACAAUCUCCUUUCCGUCUGAACCAGGGAAGAUGCUUUCAUCCUUCAUUCUCACAGCCACAACUGAAAAUUCCUCGGAAAAUUACGCUAUCGAAUAUGCAAAGGUUAUAAUUUCACUCUGGUCCCGAGCAAUAAAGGAAACAUUCUAUGUUCCAAUAGAUAUGUUCAUGGGCAUCAUCAAAUUCAUCAUCAACCUGGAUCCUUCAAACAUUGUCCCGCAGCUACUAGACGAUCUUAUCCCCGUGCUGCAGAACACCGCCUACGUCAACGGAGUCGCCAGGUUCCGCAACUCCCCUGUCUCCCACCUAAAUCUCGGGCAGGUCAAGCAUACCCCUCAAAACGAGCUGCACCACGAAGUAAGCUCCACUGAAGCCAUCAACCUCCUCUACCUCACCGCCAGCAGCUGCCAAUACGACUCCGACGCCCUCCGCAAAUUCUGGCAAAUCAUGUCCUACGACUUCAUCCUCAUAAUGCUAAACUCCAGCCAACUAGUUGACGACAUAAUCAUAACCCUCAGCCUCCUCCCCUACAGCAUCCUCCCCACAACAUUCGGCCCCCUUCUCCGCGAUCCAACUCUUCAAGUGCAAAACGAAAACUACAUAAUCGACCGCGUCGCCAACCUCCUCAGCGAACGCCCCAACACCGACGAGGGCAAGGAGCCCUACACUCCACACCAAAUCUCCACCCUCCGCCUCGAAGCCAUGUCCUUCCUAACAACCAUAGCCUUCUCCUCCCCACACCCAUCGCCCUCCCAAAACCGUGCCGGCCGCCUCAUAGCCCUGCACCCGACCGCCCUCGCCCGCAUCCUCCGCACAAUCCACGACGAGCUGGACGCGCUCUACUCCAACCCGCCUGAACGCGAGCUGCAUGUUGCACUCGUCAAUGGCCUGACGCGACUGGCGUAUGGGAUCAUGCGCACGUUUCGGGACGAGGUGAAUCUUGCGGCGAAGCUGCGUGUUGUACCCGGUGCGGUGCAGAAGCAUCUUGUUGCACUGACGCGGUUGGCAUUUUGUGAAGGGCUGUUGCUUGAGGCUGGGAUUGAGGAUGAUACGGUUGAAAUGGCGCAUGAGAUGCUUGAGGAGUCCGUGAAUCCGCAGGAGGCGGAGGCGUUGUUGGAGGCCUUCCGGGUGAAGGGUUCGAAGUAG